CCACCACUAGCUCCAGCCACCCCACCAACACCUCCAUCUAAUCCCCCUGUUACGCCUCCAUCCUACGAACCUAAUGAUGAAUCGCCACCACCUACAUUAAAUUCCCCUGCCAUUCCCUCACCACCUCCAUCAAGCCCAACUGUGGCACCUCCUAUGAACCCGACUAAUGAUCAGCCUCCUCCACCAUCGUCGUCAUUUAGCCCCCCACCAAUAGCUCCAACUACUCAACCACCUCCCUCUAGCCCACCUGCUACACCUCCAACAGACUCAACUGAUGAGGAACCUCCUACAUCACCACCAGCAUCCAGUCCACCAGCAACUCUAUCAAGUCCUCCACCACCGUCAUCGAGUACACCACCGGCUCCAUCCAUCACCACACCACCUUUGGCUAGUCCCCCUGCUACACCUCCAACGUACCAAGCCAAUGACCAGUCCCCUCCACCUCCACCAUCAUAUAGUCCUCCGCCAUCAGCUUUAGCUAGUCCUCCACCACCAUCACCACUGAGUCCACCAGCAAUAGCACCAACCACUAGCGCACCUCCUCCAUCUACUCCCCCAUCGCCUAUGUCUAGUCCACCAGCAACACCUCCAACAGACUCAACUGAUGAGCAAACUCCACCACCACCACCAUCUAGUCCACCAGUAGCUCUAUCAAGUCCUCCACCACCAUCAUCGAGUACACCACCGGUUCCAUCCAUUGCCACACCACCUUUGUCUAGUCCCCCUGCUACACCUCCAGCGUACCAAGCUGAUGACCAAUCCCCUCCACCUCCACCAUCAUAUAGUCCACCACUGACAGCUUUAGCUAGUCCUCCACCACCACCAUUGAGUCCACCAGCGAUAGCACCAACUACUAGCGUACCUCCUCCAUCUACUUCACCAUUGCCUAUGUCUAGUCCACCGGCAACACCUCCGGCGUACCAAGUUAACCAACCACCACCGCCACCACAAUUUAGUCCCCCUGCCACACCUCCGACCUAUCAAGGUAAUGCCCCACCACCGGCAUCGGCACCAGCACCACUUAGUCCCUCAGCAACAGCACCGCCACCUGGUGCCCCUACUGGCAAUAGAUGGGUGCAAGUUCAGAACUUUCAUGAUGCCCUAUACUGGCAAAUCGGGCGCUUUGUGGUGUUCAAGUUGGUAAACAAGAAGGACAACUCCCUUGUUGAUGUGCUAUAUGUGAGCAUGCAACCCGCUGGAAAGGGCAACAACUACUUUCUUGUGAUAAAAGUAGCAGAUGGAUAUAAGAAGGUCGGCAAGUAUCAUGUGCUCCUAUGGGGUGUGCCUGGGUCACCAGAUGAAGAAUGGAAAGUAUAUUGGCUCAAAUUUGUAGGAUACUAAGCACAUGGUGGAAACAAGAUUAUCCAGCUGUCGACCAUGCAUGGCAUUUCUAGGGAGAAGAUAUAUAGACAUUUUGUGGUCAACGUGCGCCUGCAUGGAUUAGUUGAUCUUUGUAGCUUUGAGGGGCUUGAUAUCCAACUAUAUGUUCUGAUUUCAGUGAUAAAUUUAUGUUUUGUUCUCAUUAAAA